AUGUCCGACUUAAACACAAAAUUAAAACUUCUCGAGGAAGAAAAGCAGAGCUUGAUUACGGCAUUAAAUAUUCUUCAAGUUAAUGAAUUCAAAAGCAACACACAAAACCCGGGACAAUAUGUAUUAGCUAAUAUACAAAACGAGAAAUCACAGCCUGAACAGCUUGAAAUAUCAUCGGACAGUGAAUAUAAUAUUCCACUAGCAAAUAGAUAUUCUACAUUAGCUGACGAAGGCAAACUGAAUGAAGAUGAACGUGAACAAACUACCCAACAGCAAGGGCAAGCGUCUGUAAUUACAAUGGAGUUAAAUGUUCAACAACAACAACAACAACAAUCUACCUGCAAUCAAUCAUCUGAGCAAUGUAACUCGGACGUGCGGGUGAACCAUCCAUCGGAUGAACCAUCUAAUAAUGACAACUCCAAAGGCACCAAGCAAGCAGAAAUGGCAAAGACGAAAGGUCACAUUCGGCCUGUUGACUCUAGGAACAGUGUCAAUCAAGGUACCAGUAAAUCUAAUAGCGAUAAUGAAAUGGGAAGUCAAGGUAAGAGUACACUUGUUAUUGGAGACUCAAUGAUUAAAGAAAUCGAAGUCAACACACUUUCCAGAUCAAAGAAAAUUACCAAAAUUUGCAUGCCUGGAGCUAAGUCAGAUCAAAUCAAAGAAAGACUGCAGACUACUUUAAAAAGUACCCAUUAUGAUGAAGUCAUAAUCCAUGCAGGGGUUAAUGACCUGUCAAAUUCCCAGCCAGACCAGAUUAUCGUACAGUUAACAGAUAUGGCUGCUUCUGUUGAUUCCUCAACCAAAGUUUCAAUCUCCAGUAUAAUUAAGACCAGAGAUAAGGAUAGAAAUAGCGCAAUAAAUUUAAUAAAUAGUGAACUCAAAAUUACUUUCCAAAGUCGAGGAUGGGUUUAUAUUGACAAUUCACGUAUAGGCAACGAAUAUUUAAAAUUUAAUAGUAUCCACUUGAACCGAGUGGGUGUAAAAUUAUUUGCCUCAAACAUUAUACGUCAAUCUCUCAGGCCUGGAUCAAAUAGGAGAUCAAUGACCAAACCUGAAAAUUUUCCGAACACUGUGUGGAGACUUGCAAAAGCACUGAACAUGAUUGCUCAGAUUCCAUAA